AUGUCGAACGGCGCAGACUCGACGCCCACCACGCCCAAGGCGACGCACGAGGCGAACCCGUUCGAGAAGCUGGCCAACCCGAGGCGUGUCAGGGCUCACAAGCGCUCUGCGACCGGCUUCAUCCCUGAGGGCCCGAAGAAGCUCAGCGAGAUCUUUCCGGGAGACGCAAAGGCGUGGAAGUCUGCCAUCGCCAAGAACGCCGAAUCGCUCAAGACCGACGUCGACUCGAUCAACGCCCAGAUUGUCCACCAUGUCGAGACGACCCUCGCCCGUGCCGCUUUCAACGUCGACGAGAUGGCCAUGUACCAGGCUGCUGCGCUUUCGGUUCGCGACCGCCUCAUCCACAACUGGGACGUGACGCAGACGUUCCAUACCCAGGCCCGCACGAAGCGUGUUUAUUACUUCUCGCUCGAAUACCUCCUCGGCAGGGGCUACGACAACGCCUUGCUCAAUCUUGGCGUCCGCCAGCCGUACAACGAGGGCCUCAAGGGGCUGGGAUUCAACAUGGAGGACGUAAUUGACGUUGAGCGCGACAUGGGUCUCGGAAACGGCGGUCUCGGUCGUCUGGCAGCUUGCUACCUCGACUCGACCUCGACGCUCGACAUCCCUUGCUGGGGCUAUACUCUCCGCUACUCGCAAGGCAUCUUCAAGCAGAUCAUCGACUCGAGCGGCAACCAGGUCGAGGUCCCGGACCCUUGGCUCGAGAACCAGAACCCGUGGGAGAUCCCGCGUCUCGACAACGCCGUCGAGAUCAAGUUCCACGGCGAGGCUACGCCUGGAGAGGGCGGCAAGGGGCCGGGAACCUGGACCGGCGGACUCGACGUUCUCGCCGUGCCGUACGACAUCCCAGUUCCCGGCUACAAGACACAGACGACGAACAAUAUCCGCGCUUGGAGUGCUCGCGGCAAGGUCUCGUUCGACCUCGCCAAGUUCAACGCCGGCGACUACGAUGCUGCCGUCCGCGAGGCUGAGGAAGCCGAGACGAUCACGCGUGUCCUCUACCCCAAUGAGAACUUCGACAAAGGCAAGGCGCUGCGCCUCAAGCAGCAGUACUUCUGGGUCGCCGCCUCGCUCCACGACAUCUGCCGCAGGUUCCGCAAGCUCCGCGUUCCGUGGAGCGAGUUCCCCGACUACAACGCGAUCCAGCUCAAUGACACGCACCCGACGCUCGCCAUUCCCGAGCUCAUGCGCAUACUCGUCGACGAGGAGGGCCAGCCGUGGGACGAGGCGUGGGAGAUCGUUCGCCGCACCUUCUCGUACACCAACCACACGGUCCUCAGCGAGGCGCUCGAGAAGUGGUCGGUCCCGCUCGUCGAGUGGCUUCUCCCCCGUCACCUGCAGAUCAUCUACGAGAUCAACCUCGACAUGCUCAAGGACGUCGAGAAGAAGUGGCCGAACGACCGCGCCCGCCUCGCGCGCAUGAGUCUCAUCGAGGAGGGCUACCCAAAGAUGGUCCGCAUGGCGAACCUCGCCGUCGUCGGAUCGCACCGCGUCAAUGGCGUCGCCGCACUACACUCGCACCUCGUCCAGCAGGACCUCUUCCCCGACUUUGUCGAGUACCUCGGCCGCGACCACUUCGGCAACGUCACGAACGGCGUCACCGCACGCCGCUGGCUCUUGCAGUGCAACCCGAGCCUCGCCAAGCUCAUCACCGACACGCUCGGCAGCGACGAGUGGGUUGUCAACCUCGACAAGCUCGAGGGCUUGACCAAGUACGCCAAGGACAAGGCCUUCCAGAAGAAGUGGGCGGCGUGCAAGCAGGCGAACCGCGAGCGCCUCUGCGACUACAUCGAGGCGACCCUCGGCCUCACGGUCAACAGGCACGCGCUCAUUGACGUCCAGGUCAAGCGCAUCCACGAGUACAAGCGUCAGUUCAUGAACAUCCUCGGCGUCAUCUUCCGCUACCUUCAGCUCAAGAAGAUGUCGCCGGCCGACCGCAAGCGCCUUGUCCCUCGCCUCUCCGUCUUCGCAGGCAAAGCCGCGCCCGGCUACUACAUUGCAAAGCUCAUCAUUCGCCUCUGCAACGCGGUCUCGAAGACGAUCAACGCCGACAAGGACAUUCGCGAGUCGCUCUCGGUCGCCUUCCUUCCGGACUACUCGGUCUCGCUCGCCGAAAUCAUCAUCCCGGCGUCGGACAUCUCGGAGCACAUCUCGACCGCCGGAACCGAGGCGAGUGGCACGUCCAACAUGAAGUUCGCACUCAACGGCGGUCUCUUGCUCGGCACGCUCGACGGCGCCAACAUCGAGAUCGCCGAGGCUGUCGGUGACGAGAACGUCUUCUUCUUCGGGCACGUCACGCCGGACGUUCCCAAACUCCGUCGCGCACACCACUUCGGCGAGGUGCAGUACCCGGCCGAGCUGCUCGAAGUCGUCGACGCGAUCCGGUCUGGCAUGUUCGGCGAGGCAGGCGUGUUCGAGCCGCUCCUCGGCACGCUCUUCGAGGGCAAGGACCACUACCUCGUCAGCGACGACUUCUUGUCGUACCUCCAGGCGCAGAAGAUGGUCGACGAGGCUUACGUCGACCAACCGUCAUGGGUCGAGAAGACAAUCAACAGCACCGCUCGCAUGGGACGCUUCGCCAGCGACCGUGCCGUCUUGCAGUACGCCGAAGAGAUCUGGAACAUCGAGCCUAUCAAGAUCCCCCAAGACGCCUAG